AUCAGCGACUCGGUUGCAGUGCGACGACAUUUGCUCUGCUCUAUUUGUUCUGUGUGACAAACACAGUUGUUGGUUGAAAGUCAAGUGGUUUGUGCGUUCGACAUCCAUUGUCAAGCAAAUCUUUGAGAACAAAGCAAAAUAGUUGAAAUUUGUCCGCACAAAAAUGCGUUUGAUUUUGUUAUUGUUCAAUAUUUCGGUAACAUUUUGUGUUAUCAGUGGUUCGUUCAUUAAUCCAUAUCCACGAUUCAAGUCAUUCCACGAUGAUGGAGAUCCCGGUGAAGCCGUGUACUUAACCAAAUACAUUGAAAGCGGCGACAUUGAAACGGCACGUAAUUUGGCUUCGGUGAAUCAUCCAGAUAUACAAAUCGAAAAUUAUGCCGGAUAUUUCACCGUUAACAAAGAAUACAAUUCCAAUACAUUCUUCUGGUUUUUCCCUGCCAAAGUGGACACAGACGAUGCACCGGUCGUUUUGUGGCUGCAAGGUGGACCCGGAGCUUCAAGUUUAUUCGGACUUUUCAGUGAAAACGGCCCAUUCGAGCUUAGUCCGACACAAAAACUGAUACCACGCAAAUAUUCAUGGCAUCUCAACCAUAAUUUGAUUUACAUUGAUAAUCCAGUGGGAACUGGUUUCAGUUUUACUGAUUCGGAAGAUGGAUACGCCAAAAAUGAGAAGGAUGUUGGAGAAAAUUUACUUCGCGCUUUGCAACAAUUCUUUUUGCUGUUCCCAAAUCUCCAGAAGAAUGAAUUCUUUGUGACCGGUGAAUCUUAUGGAGGUAAAUAUGUGCCAGCCGCUGGGUAUGCCAUCUAUCAAGACAGCAAACGUGUUUGCAGCGAUCCGCGAAAACCAAAGAUCAACUUGAAGGGUCUAGCUAUUGGAAAUGGUUUCAGUGAUCCAAUUCAUCAAUUGAAUUACGCUGACUAUUUGUAUCAAUUGGGAUUGAUCGAUUCAAAUGGCUACGAUUCAUUUGUACAAUACCAGAAGCAAGGGCUUGAUUGUAUAAAAAAUCGUAACUUUGAAUGUGCAUUCACAGUCUUUGAUAAGCUCAUCGACGAAGAUCAGUUUUCGAAGGGUUCACUGUUCAAAAAUUUAACAGGUUUCAAUUUUUAUUUCAACUACUUGAAAACGGCUGACAAUGAUGAGGCUCCGCUUGGUGAGUUUUUGCAAAAAUCCGAAACUCGUCGUGCAAUUCACGUCGGCAACAAUUCGUGGCACGAUUUGAGCGGCGAAAAUAAAGUGGAAGAGCAUUUGAAACUGGAUGUAAUGGACAGCGUUGCCGAUUGGGUGGCAGAAUUGCUUUCACACUACCCGAUUUUGGUGUACAAUGGUCAGCUUGAUAUUAUCGUCGCAUACCCGUUGACUGAAAACUAUUUGAAAAAUCUCAAUUUCAACGGUGCCGAUGACUACAAAACAGCCAAAAGAUACAUUUGGCGUGUGGACAAUGAAAUCGCUGGCUAUGCAAAACAUGCAGGAAAUCUAACCGAAGUUUUGGUUCGUAACGCUGGUCAUAUGGCUCCAGGAGAUCAACCAAAAUGGGUGCUCGACAUGCUGCUCCGUUUCACUCUUCACAAAGGCUUCCACUGAAACCACCGUGUUAUCGCACAUUUUUAAUUCAUUCUGUUAUUAAAUUAUCAGUGUAUUUAGUAAUGCGGCUAGAUUUUUUUCCAUUCAAUACGAUUUAGUCAUUUAAUUAAACCGAAUAAAAUUUUUGAUAACGAA